GAGGGACAUGUGAAAAAAAUAGACUAUAAUUGACACUUCUAAUAGAAAUCGAACCUAAACCUCUACUAAACUAGAAUACAAUAUCUAUAUGAAUGCCCUCUCAUAUCAGAAACCACCAUCCAACCUCUUAGCCGCAAGACCAAGGCAGUAAUAGGAACAAGCCUAACCCUCGGCCUCGGCUUCCUUUGUGGAUUUUGACGGCUAUCCAGCCUGUCGCCCCCAAUGGCACGUCCCAGGACAUGCUGGCGCUCCGUGUCGCCGCAGCUUUGCGUGCCGCCACGGCCGAUCUGACUGACCCACCGGCAGGCCUCACCAACGGACUUGUGCUCUCGGAUGAUGUGGUUGCCCGCCUGAACGGACAAUUGCGGGUGUGCGUUGCUAGAUGGUGUAGUCGACUCUUGAGCUGGCUCUGGUUGGCAGGGUAUGUGCGGGUUCCAGGGGACGUGAGCUACCAGUCGAACUCCAGCUUGGUCGGCUUGGUCCUUGACCAUGUAAUGGCCCUGGAAUCGGUCGUCAAUAACGAUGGAGAGGCACGCCCGAUCCCUAGACCAGUUUCGUCAAGGGAGAACCGAAGAUUCCGGGAAGAAUUAGAGGGCGAAAUCCGGGUCACGCCAGAGCCUAGCAUCGUUAGCUUCGUUGAUGCCGAGUGAACUCGCUGAAACUGCCCUGAGUGACUGAGUCGCUAGAGAUUGCAGCGGGUAGUGUAUCCUCGACUUGGACUGAGUGCACUCGGGCUUGUGUUGAAUCUGUCGACCUGCCUUCUGGAUUGUGGUGCUCAACCUGCUUUCGUGCUAUUGAAAUUGGAU